CAUUUGAUUUCUGAAAAUUGGUGCCGCAACGUCGGGCGCAGCAGCCCCACAUGGGUGGCCAGAUCCAUCAAAGCAAUGCUGCAGCGGCGGCCGCUCUGUACGAUGCGGGGCUUGCGAGCAGUGACACAAGUGAUGCAGUCAUGGCACGGUGGCUCCAGUCCGCAGGGUUGCAGCAUCUGGCUUCUCCAUUGGCCUCGACUGGGAUCGACCAUCGCCUCCUUUCCAAUCUCCUCAUGCAGGGUUAUGGAGCACAAUCUGCCGAGGAAAAGCAGAAGCUUUUUAAAUUGCUGAGGAACCUGAAUUUCAAUGGUGAAUUGUAUUGCUACAGAAACCCCUGAAACUGAACCUGGGCACGAGCAAUUGUAUCACUACUUGUCUUUUGGUUGGCUUUGUGGUGGAAUUAUAGAGGUAAUCUCCUCUUCUUACUUUAGCAUGCUCAAAUUGUAUGAAGAUUUACCUUCGAUUCUUUUACAAUUUUAUAACGUCAAUUCUUCAAAUUAGAAAGGAUUUCUAAUUAGGCCCAAUUUUGGUUUGCAAACAUGAAGGGAAAUGGCAUGU